AUGUCGCAGCAGGCGAAAAGUUUCUUGGACUUUUCCACCGGUUUCGAGGAUACAUCAGAACGAAGUCCCUACAUUGUGACCCUCGAAUUUAGUGGCAAAAAUACCACAUGGUUCUGCGUGGGUUCGAUUAUCGAUCAUGAAUGGAUUGUCACUGUUGCCUCUUGCACAAAUCCCUCGAGUUCUGUGAAGAUCAGUUAUGGAGCUGCGAAUCGUCUGGAGCCAAGUUAUCAUAUUUCAGUUUCGAAUGCUUCGUUUUAUCCACGCUUUGACUUUAACAAGUGGUAUCAUCAUGAUAUUGUGCUAAUCAAAGUGCCAUUCAUCACAUACUCAAAGAAGGUGAAAGCUGUGGCUUUGCCCAAGACUCGAUCGAUGUUCCGGGAUGUCUGGGCAUAUUCAGCAGGCUGGGGACAGCAUAAGGAUAACAAGGAGUUGAUGCAAAUAUUGCAUUCGACACAAAUUCAGAUAAUCGGUAAUAAAGACUGCAUCAAGAGUGGCUAUGGCGAACGAUUCAAGUCAGGAAUGAUGUGCGCCCAGCUGCCGAAUAUGGAGAAAAGUUGCCGCCUCGACUCGGGCAGUCCACUUGUGAUGUUGAAGCCAACCGUGUUGCUUGGCAUUGCCUCGUUCGGCAAUCAGCUGGGAUGCGAAUCAAACACACCUUUGGUCUAUACGAGAAUCAAUUCGUAUACGCAAUGGAUGGCCGAGGUGAUGGCGGAGGAGGGGAGCAGAAAGUAG